CCCUAUUCCGUGUUCAAUCUCUGCCUUUCUCUAAUUUUCUUUGAAUUGUCUGUGCAGGUUGCUGUACUAGCCUCAAACAUCCCAGCUAUGUACGAGCUGCAUUUUGGUGUCCCAAUGGCGGGGGCUGUUCUUUGUACACUCAAUACAAGGCAUGAUCCAGCCACAAUAUCAACCCUACUAAGACAUUCUGAGGCAAAGAUUAUUUUUGUAGACUACCAGUUUGCCGAAAUUGCUAAUGUAGCACUUGAUCUACUUUCCAAAACAGCAACAAAGAAACCCCUCUUGGUCCCUAUUCUUGAUUCUCAAGUUGCUUCCACUACCACUCAAGCUGUAGAUGUUGUGGACUUGGAAUAUGAGUCUCUCCUUGCGAUUGGCCAACCGAAAUUUGAGAUCAUAAGACCAAACAAUGAGUGGGAUCCAAUUACACUAAAUUAUACUUCAGGUACUACAUCAAGCCCCAAAGGAGUUGUUUACAACCAUAGGGGAGCCUACCUCAACACUCUUGCAGCAGUACUUCAAUGUAUAGGCACAAUGCCUGUUUACCUAUGGACUUCUCCUAUGUUCCAUUGCAAUGGAUGGUGCUUUACUUGGGGCUUAGCAGCACAAGGUGGCACUAACAUAUGCCUCAGAAAAGUCUCUCCUCAGGGCAUAUUUGACAGCAUUUCUGUGCACAAGGUGACACACAUGGGUGGUGCACCUACUGUCUUGAACAUGAUUGUGAAUGCCCCAGUCAAUCAACGGAGGCCACUUCCGCACAAGGUGGAAGCAUUGACUGGUGGUUCAGCACCACCUCCACAUGUCUUAUUGAUGAGCACAUUUAUUAUGGAAGAACUGGGUUUCAAUGUAUCUCACUUUUAUGGUCUAACAGAGACUUCUGGACCAGCUACUGUAUGUAUAUGGAAACCUGAGUGGGAUUCUUUACCCCUAGAAGAGAGAGCAAAGAUCAAAUCCCGCCAAGGACUGAACCAUCUUGGGAUGGAGGAGGUUGACAUAAGAGACCCAGUCACCAUGGAGAGUGUGGCUCCUGAUGGAAAAACCAUGGGGGAAGUGAUGUUCAGAGGAAACACUGUGAUGAGUGGGUACUAUAAAGAUCCAAAAGCCACACUGGAAGCUUUCAAUGGUGGAUGGUUUCGAACUGGAGAUCUUGGUGUGAAACAUCCUGAUGGUUACAUAGAAGUGAAGGACAGGUCUAAAGAUAUCAUCAUUUCUGGUGGAGAGAAUGUAAGCACCAUUGAGGUUGAAUCAGUACUAUUUAGUCAUCCAGCAGUUCUGGAAGCUGCAGUAGUAGGACGCCCCGUUGAUCACUGGGGGGAGACACCUUGCGCCUUUGUGAAGUUGAAGGAUGGUAGUAAUGCGAGUGCCGAAGAGAUUAUCCACUUCUGUCGGGAACGGUUGCCACAUUUCAUGGCUCCGCGAACUGUUGCAUUUGAAGAUCUGCCAAAGAAUGCAACUGGAAAGAUAGAAAAGUUUGUUCUUAGGCAGAAAGCAAAAGCCAUGGGAAGCCUUUCUAGUAACAAAAUUUAAACCAUAAAAUACCUUAAUAAGUGAAAUUGAAGUAAUUUCAUUGAUUGAGUGAA